CUUAAUAAGUGCUUAUUGACCAACUGAUGGGAACUGACUUAUCUUCUCCAUUGGAAAGUAAACUCCUGGAGGGUACAGACCCUAUUUUUGUCUUUUUUGUAUUUCCAGAUGGAAUCAAGUGCCCAGUAAACACCUUCAAGAUGACUGACGUCCCUUGCUCCUCCCACUCGGGCCACUCUGAUCACCGUUCCUACUCCUCUUCCAAAUCAUCCCAGUACGCCGAUAUAGUUCAACCUGUAAUUGUCGUUCAUGGCGGAGGAGCGGGCUCCAUCUCCAAAGAACGUUCAGAAAGAGUGCGUCACGGCGUGACCAAAGCCGCUAUGCUGGGCUACAACAUUCUGAAAGAAGGCGGGAGUGCCGUUGACGCUGUCGAAGGGGCUGUGGUGGCUUUAGAGGAUGACCCCGAAUUCAAUGCAGGUCAUGGAUCUGUCUUGAAUGAGGAUGGCCAAAUUGAAAUGGAUGCUAGUAUCAUGGAUGGAAAAAGUCUGAACUCAGGAGCUGUGUCUUCAAUUAAGAGCAUCGCAAAUCCCAUUAAAGUCGCCCGCCUUGUUAUGGAAAAGACAAAUCACUCAUUCUUGACUGAUCGAGGUGCAACAUGUUUUGCUAAGAGCAUGGGGAUUCCAAUCAUUCCUUGCGAAAAACUAAUAACGGAACGAAACGUCAAACGUCUAAAAAAAGAAAAAGCUGAAAAAAGUGCUUGCAUGACAGAACCCGACAAAAACACUGGUACGGUGGGUGCUGUGGCCCUUGACAAACAUGGAAACCUGGCUUAUGCAACAUCCACCGGAGGAAUCAUUAAUAAAAUGGUUGGCCGCGUAGGGGAUUCGCCAUGUGUAGGUUCUGGGGGCUAUGCCGACAAUGAUAUCGGGGCAGUUUCUACCACUGGGCACGGGGAGAGCAUAAUAAAGGUGAAUCUCGCCCGACUGGCUAUCUUCCAUCUGCAGCAAGGAAAGAAGCCGCAAGAGGCUGCUGAUGCCGCCUUGUGUUACAUGAAGACCAGGGUCAAAGGUUUAGGCGGCAUCAUUGUGGUUGACAAAUCAGGAGAAUGGGCCGCAAGGUGGACCUCGGUCUCCAUGCCCUGGGCCUCGGCCAAGGACGACAAGCUUCAGUUUGGAAUUGUCCCCGGGAUGGUGCACAUCACUGACAUCGGCAAAAACAAAUCCCCUAACCCAUGUAUCUGAGUGCCAGGUCUGGGAUAGGAAGAGGAUGAAUAAAGUGGGCUGGUCUCCAGCCUAGGCAACGGUAACAUUCAGGAGAGCUUUACCUUACUCUCGUAGCUGUACAUUUGGAGGAAUCAUGCACCCUGUCACACUUGAUUUGUGUCCUUGAUCAAAACAGAUUCUAAAAUUUUCUAUUUUUGGCCCACUAUGAAAUAAAGGUCAAAGCGAGACUUGCCUCAAGAUGGCAGAGGAGCUAGCAUUAGCCAUUCUCUCGACUGAUUCUUUGGGUCUUGAAUCUGAAAGAAAGCAUGAAAGCUUCCAUCUUAGAAGAGACUUUGGGCUUUUACAAAAGCUGUGGCUCUGAGGGCACUUGUGAGAAAGACAGGGGGGAUUUUUGGUUAACGGUGGAAUAGAGACACCGACUAGUUACAUCCACGUGAUGCCGUGUUUAGCCACUCAGGCAGUUGUAGAAACAAAUGAGAGCAAGAGACAGGUAGGUGGCGCAAUGGAUAAAGUGCCAGCUCCGGGGAGGCAGGAGGGAGGACCAGAGUUCUAAUCUAGCAUCAGAAUCCGACACAUACUGGCUGUGUGACCUCAAUUGCCUCACACACAAAAAGCAAAACAAAUCGGGCUUUUGUCCCUUGCCAGGACCCAGAACCUUGGUUUCUGCACAGUUGAUAUGCAGUUAAAGCAAGAAAGAGCAGGAUGUAGGGUUUUGAGCCACCUUGUUCCUUAUGGACAGAGAGGAUCGGGAGAUACUGAGGUAGGACUUUCCCACGAUUGCAAAAAGUUGGAACUUUAUAUUACAAAAUGACAGAUAAAGGCAAAAUGAAUUUACUCUGCUGUUUUUUAUGUAACAUUCCCCUCUUUGAUCCUGAGGUUCUUAACCCCCAGGAUCACUUAUUGAAAUGCUUUAUCAGGGAUUUCUGGACAAAAUGAUAGUCUAUCUAAAGGGGCUAAAUUAAAGGGGUGGGGUAAGAGGCACAAAGAAUAUAAGCACAAUCAUUUCACGUGUCCCUUAAGGAGACAAACUUUGUUAAACUCUGUAGGUAAACUAAGGUUGUAGACCAAACUACUUAGAGGACUCACCAUGGGCUAAUUUGAAAAUGGAGAUUUUCAUGUCACCAAACUAACCCCCCCAAAACUUAAAGCUCCAUGAAACAAAAAGUUGAAGCAAUAUGAUAAUCAGUAUUAAAUAACAUCCAGUCUCCUCAUGACCCAAUUGCCAUUUAAUCACAUUUUGUCUAACAUUUUCCCUUGGGCAUUCUGAAAUCUUAUUUUCAGACUAGUUCUGAAGGAAACUACUCCUGGUAGAUUUCCUUCUUCAAAUCAUUUUUAGAAAUUGCUAGGUAAUUUUGUUAAAAUCUGCCAAUAACAAGUCUUAGUAUAAUUUAGCACAACUUCCUAAAUUUGGUUUUCCAGUAAUUUAUGUGAAAACCAGCUCAAGACUUUGGGUUCUGGUCCCAUUAACAAGAGCAUCAAAUUAGGAAGCCAUGAUUCACCUGAAGCUAAAUGAGAGAAUUUCAGUUUUGAUAUAGCACUUGCUGUUUCUGUCUUUACCUAAACCCUGUACCCAACACUGCCAUCGACAGACUGAAGAACCAAUCCUAAAGAUCUAUGAAGGCCAGACAUACAAAAUGAGUACGUUGUCUUUUUAAUAUUGAUACUGCAAGAGCAGAAAAUUUAACUUUAUAAAGGUGAUUUUGAGAACUUGUUACUAAAAUAAACUCAAGACCUAUGGCUCUUCUUUCCACUCUAA